AUGCAACCUUCUGUUCCCCGGAUAUUCGCCAGAUCGCAACAGAUCCACCAACGUUGCUUCUACAAAACCGUCGCGCGCAAGCGUCCAGGUCGCCCACCCCGCGACUGCCCUCCAAAAGACACACUCUCCGAAUACAAUAACAAACCUUACCUUCCCUUUCCCACGACUCCCUCGCGCGAUUCGAGGCUCGUCUACACUCCACACAAAAGCAUGUCCGACCUACAAUGGUGGGCCAAGCCCGCCCCGGCCAUGGCCGCCCCGUCAAACCAGCAGCCGAGCAGUAACGGCUUCACGAUACCGGGUCUCGGCAACGCCGCGAACGUUCCCUUUGCCUCGACCUCCGCGACUCCUCUUCCUGAGCAAUCUUCCAACGGAAACCAACCCACAAUUCCAAAGGGACCUCGCAAAGCAGCCGCGGCGCCGCACAACCGUGAUAAGAUCAUAGCCCCCAGUGCCGCCUCAGGCGGCGUUCCGAACCCCACGCCGCAAUACCUCCAGCAAGCCUCCAUCCCGCCGACCCUCGUCCCGACCCCUCGACCGAUCCUCGUCGUAAUGGACCUCAACGGCACCCUCCUCUUCCGACCCAACCGCCGCAACGCCGCAAGCUUCGUCGAGCGGCCCCACGCGAAGCGCUUCCUGCAAUACUGCCUCGACACCUUCCACGUCGUCGUCUGGUCCUCUGCCCAACCGAAGAACGUCCAAUCCAUGUGCGACCAGCUCCUCCUCAAAGGCGGCCUCGGCGCCGCAGACACCCAUGAGGAGCGAGCCUCGUACCGCCGCCGCGUGCUGGCCGUCUGGGGACGCGACAAGUUCGGCCUCUCCGAGGCCGACUUCAAGCUCCGCGUGCAGGUCUACAAGCGCCUGGAGAUGGUCUGGGCCCAGGCCAACGUGCAGGCGGCACACCCAGACGCCGCGUACGGCGGCCGGUGGGACCAGACCAACACCGUUCUCGUGGAUGACUCCCUCGAGAAGGCGCGGAGCGAGCCGUACAACCUGCUGCAGAUCCCCGAGUUCUUUGGCGACGCCAGCGAGCCGGGCUACGUGGUGCCGCAGGUUCAUGAUUACCUCAACCAGCUCUGUUACCAGUCGGAUAUCAGCGCGUAUAUGCGCACGAAUCCGUUCCAGCUGAACGACGCAUACAGGCUAGAGUAG